AGUGGGGUCUCUCUCUAGAGUGUAGAUUUCUCUCUUUACUUUUUCUGUGUAUGAUCCUGUCUGGCCCCUUACCCAUCUCUGGCCCUGUAGCUGUAUUUCUGGGGACAAAAGAGAGAGUCAGAGAUGGAAAAGAGAGGAGAUGUCAUGCUUGGGGUGGAGGAUGAGUCCGGGCAGCCCGUCUCGGCCCUGUCAAUUCUGUCUCUGCUGGAACGUGUGUCCACGAUCAUCGAUGGGGUCCAGGCGAGCCAGCAGCGCAUGGAAGAACGACAGCAACAGCUUGAGAGCUCAGUCAGCGCCGUCCAAACCGAGCUUCUCAAACUGGCUCAUGACCAUGGCUCCACGGCAACCACUGUUGACAAACUGCUGCAGAAAGCCCGUCGUGUGAGUGCACACGUUAAAGAAGUGCGUUCACGUGUAGAGAAACAGAAUGUUCGUGUGAAGAAGGUGGAAACUACACAGGAUGAGCUGCUCACACGCAACAAGUUCAGAGUUGUUAUCUACCAGGGUGAAACUGAAGUUCCCUCUGUUGCUGUCACCAAGACUCCCAAAGGAGCGGGGCUAGCUAACCUGGAGGUGGAGCCAGAUGAGUAUGACAUCCCUGCUGACCUAUCAUCUGAUGAAGAAUACAUGGUGGUAGAGGAGGCGGAGUCAUCCCGAGGUGCACGUCUGAAACAGUCAGGGUUAAAGGGCAUCGAGAACAUCAAAGCUGCAUUCUCCAAAGAGAACAUGAGCAAGACUCGUGAGAAGACAAGGGAGAACCUCAGCAAGACCAAGGAGAGCCUGAGUAAGACGGGCCAAACACUCGGAACCAAAAUCAACACCUUCGGUGAAAAGAUUGUGCCCCCUGAGCAGCGAGAGAAGAUACGUCAGAGUGGAGAACGGCUGAGGGACAACAUUGCUAAGAAAGCACCCAAUAAAGAAUCGCUCCGCAUCAAACUGAAGAAGGAACGCACUGUUGCUGAGGGCCAGGAGGGUGCGGAGGCAGAACUUGCUGUCACUCCACCCAAAGGGAGGAAGUCCAGCCCAGAUGUGACCUACACAGAGGUGGUUACUGAGAGCAAGAGGGAGGGGCCAGUAUCAGAAGAGGGAGCAACUCGUAUCCAAGAGGACUGAGAAAGUCAAUUCAAAAACCAAGAGAAAAGUGAUUAAAUAGAAAGUAAGAAAGUAGUUAUUAAGGAGUAAGAGGAAUUUUGUAAUGUGCUCCAAAAUGUGUGUGUCAGUAUGUGUAUUGGGUAGUCAAAUUAAUUAACUUUGCAAGCACUAAAUGUGUUUGUAUCUUUUAUGCAACCAUAAGCCACAUGUGAAAUGUAUUAAAAAAACAGAAAAUGUCUCAAUACAA